AUGGCAUCAAACCCAGCUUCGCGGUGCUGCACCACCGGUUAUAAGCAUUUUGCCGGAUCUCUUCAACAAGGAGUGUGUCCCCCCUGGUGUGUCCCCCCUGGUGUGACGGAUGAUCUCAACGUUAUGGGUUGGAUCAAUGAAGGAACCGGUGGAAACAACCCUCACACCACCAAGGAGGUCGAUCCGAUCAUCCACCGCUGUAUCGAGUACCUGCGCGACGAACACGGUAUGCAGAGACUCGGCGCUGUUGGGUAUUGCUUUUGUGCUAAAUACGUCUGUCGUUUCCCGAAAGGAGACGGCUUGAUUGACGUCGGCUACCUGGCCCACCCCUCGUUCGUCUCGGAAGAAAAACUCAAGGCCAUCAAGUUACCCAUCUCGAUCGCCGCGGCGGAGGAUGACUUUACUUUCGCUGACGAGCUCAGGCAUUUGACCGAGCGGGUUGCUCAAGGAGACGGAGCUCCAGUACGAGAUGACGAUGUAUUCCGGAGUUCCCCACGGCUUCGCGGUCAGAUCUGA